AUGGUGUCUUUCUACGAUUUGAAGGCUGCGCUGCCCAAGGGCGAGCGCUUCGAUUUCUCGCAGCUGCACAACAAGGUCGUGCUGAUUGUGAACACGGCCAGCAAGUGCGGCUUCACUCCGCAGUUUGAGGGCCUCGAGGAGCUGUACAAGAAGUACAACCCCAGGGGCCUCGUUGUCCUCGGCUUCCCUUGCAACCAGUUCGCCAACCAGGACCCCGAGAAUGAUGAGGGCAUCGGCAGCUUCUGCAUGAAGAACUACGGCGUGAGCUUCCCCAUCAUGUCCAAGUCGGACGUGAACGGCGCCCAGACCAACGAGGUCUUCAAGUGGCUCAAGCACGAGAAGCCCGGCAUGCUCGGCCUCGAGGGCAUCAAGUGGAACUUUACCAAGUUCCUUGUUGACCGCCAGGGCAAGGUCGUGGAGCGCUACUCGCCCACCGCCAAGCCGGAGUCGAUCGCGAAGGACAUCGAGAAACUUUUGUAA